AUUACAACACCAUAGAAUUUUUCAACAAUUAUAUUUUUUAAAUUGGCAUAUACUUUGAAAAAUAAUGACUGCCCCUGAUAAAUUGUUUACAUCUAUCGAGUGUCAACAAGGAUUAGUUAGAGCUGUUAGAUAUAGUGCUGAUGGUAAUUAUUGUUUAACUUCUGGUAGUGAUAAAACUAUUGCAUUAUGGAAUCCUUACAAGAAUUUAAAAAUUAAAACUUAUGAAGGCCAGGGUUUUGAAUCACUAGAUGUUCGAGCGUCUCAAGAUAAUAGUAAAUUUGCGUGCUGUGGAAUGGAUAAAAACGUUAGAUGUAUUGAUGUAGCAACAGGAAAAGUGUUAAGAAAAUUUAGAGGGCAUGCAGGGAGAGUAAACUGUGUUACAUUUAAUGAUGAUUCUUCUGUUUUACUAUCUGGUUCAAUUGAUUCUUCUGUCAGAAUAUGGGAUAUUAAGAGCUAUAAUAAAUCUGAGAUCCAAAUACUCAAAGAGGCCCGCGAUAGCGUAACGGCCAUAAAAGUGAGCCGUUACGAAAUUUUUACCGCCUCCGCUGACGGUUGUCUACGUCGUUACGAUAUAAGGAACGGUCGGGUAGAAACCGAUUCCUUAAGCGUUCAAGGUAUUUCCAGCAUCGACCACACCAACAAAACGGACGUAAAGGGCGAAAAUUUCAAGUGCGUUUUGGUGUCCGUCCUGGAAGGAAAACAUUUCUUGAUAGAUACGACCGACGGAAAAUUGUUGGCGGAGUACUUUACCCACGGAAAGGAAGAUUCUAAAGCAGUUCCUAAGGGCUCUCAAUUUCAGAUAGAUAAUUGUUUGAGCUUCGACGAUGAAUUAGCUUUUUCGGGCAGCCAAGAAGGCUACGUUUAUUGCUGGGAUCUUUUGGAAUCGACACUGAAAGCUAAACUGGAUCACGGGGCAACAGAUAAUUUUAAGGCAAAUAAGGUCGUAGCCUCCCUUUCGGCUCAUCCCACCAAAAACCAUUUACUGACAGCUUCGAGCAAUUCUAUCUAUCUAUGGACUACGGAAUAAUAAUUAUUGUUUUUGUAUUUAAGAUUUCAGAAUUAGCGACGAUUAAAGUUCAUGUAAAAUUUACUACUUUGAAGGAAAAUUUCGGAAAAUCCACCUUUUUUUUAAAAAAAAACUAUCUGAAUUGAAUCAUUAAAAUGUAAUUUUAUAUUAUGUAUUUAUAGACUCGGCUUAAUUCUAUCUAAUGUCGUUAAACGGCAACUCAGUAUUUUAGCCAGAAAAAUAUUGCCUAACCCUCAAGAUUUUGUUAAUAGAUGU